UUUCCAGAUUCCGACGAACAUGACAGUUGCUUAAACCCAACAACUUCUGUUCUCUUCGUUUCUUUUCUUUUCUUUUCAUUGAUUACUCAAUGAAGCAUCUCAUCCGCCGUCUCACCCGCGUCGCCGACACUUCCUCGCAGUACAGACCUCUCCGUUCCGACACCGCCUCCAUGCGCCAUCGCAUCGCGGUCGCUUCUUUGAAAAAGCAUUUGCGCCGGUCCGUACCCGAGGGCCACGUGCCGGUAUACGUCGGGGAAGAGAUGGAGCGGUUCGUGGUGGACGCGGAGUUGCUGAACCAUCCGGUUUUCGUCGGCUUGCUCAACAAGUCCGCCAAUGAGUAUGGAUAUGACCAGAAAGGGGUGCUUCAUAUUCCCUGUCACGUGCUGAUUUUCGAACGUGUUAUGGAAGCGUUGAGACUCGGGGCCGAGUCACGUGACCUCCAGGAUCACCUCCGUUCAUUAUCCGACGACUGUUUUCUGGAUUUGUAGUAGAGUAGAACGACGUCGUUUCUUUUUGGGAUUUCUUUUCUUUUUGUGUAAAUAUAGAAACUAGUAGGGAAAGUAAAGGAA